UACGCAUGGAGAGCUUGGGCUCCGCUGAGGCUCCCGAUUGGUUGUGUGACUGCAACGGGGUCAGUCUUCAGGGUAAGUUAUAAAUGCCGCCCUCCUAACACCAGGAUGUGGAUGCAAGUUCCUCCUGUGGAUUGUAACCGGACUGUGCUGCCUUGAAACGUGUGCGCGGGUCGUAAAACACCCGGCCCAGGCUGCUGAUCUCGGUAUAGGUCAUGUGAGAUCUGAGCUGGGAUGGAGCAUGACUCACAGACCACAUGGGAAUUCAAUGGCUCCUUCUAUCAGCCUUCAGCUUUCCUCAUGAUGGGCAUCCCAGGGCUGGAAGCCCUUCACCACUGGAUCUCCAUUCCUUUCUGUGCACUGUACUUUAUGGCUCUCUUAGGGAACUGUAUGAUCCUCGUUAUCAUCAAGAAGACCCGAAGUCUUCAUAAACCAAUGUACUACCUCCUCUCUAUGCUGGCGGUCACUGACCUAGGCUUGGCUUUAUGUACACUGCCUACUACUCUGGGCAUUUUUUGGUUCAAUAUCCGAAGGAUUGCAUUUGACGCUUGCCUCACUCAGAUGUCCUUUAUCCACAUGCUGUCCCUAAUCGAAUCCUCUGUGCUCCUGGCAAUGGCGUUUGAUCGGUUCAUUGCUAUCUCAUAUCCACUGAGAUACCAAUCCAUAUUGACCAAGACGACUGUCAUAAAAAUAGGCCUGGCAAUUAUAUUGAGAAGUGUGCUCUCCUUCCUUCCAGUACCCUUCUUGCUGAAGAGACUCACCUACUGCAAGAAGAAUGAGCUUUCUCAUUCAUUUUGCUUCCAUGCUGAUAUCAUGAAGCUAGCAUGUGCAGAUAUAAAAGUAAAUCUCUUCUACGGUAUGAUUAUUCUCUUAUCAACGGUGGGAAUGGACUUCUUCUUCAUCGCGCUGUCCUACAUCCUGAUCAUUAAAACUGUUAUCGGCCUUGUAACCAAGGAUGAGUGUCUCAAGACUUUGAAUACAUGUGUCUCCCAUAUCUGUGCUGUCCUAAUAUUCUUCACCCCAAUGAUCGGACUGUCCAUCAUCUAUCGCUUUGGAAAGAACAUCCCUCCCUUGGUUAACACCUUGGUGGCCUAUACCUACCUUAUAAUUCCCCCUGCUCUCAACCCCAUUAUCUACAGCAUAAAAUCCAGCCAUAUGCGGGGGGCUUUUCUCAGAGCACUGCGGAGGAAGAGCUAGCCCAGCUGAUAGCUUCCUCCACCACUUCUGGUAGAAAGUGCUAAUAGACUGGUUUCUUGGCACUCCAUUCGCUGGGAUCACUGCUGUUAGUUAGGAUGAAAGAACUGCAAAUCCACUUGGAAGUUGCACCUCAACCCAGACUUGUGUUCUCCCAUUUUUUGUCCUGCCAUGACACUCAGUUCCAUCUGGCAGCCUGUGAACACUCCAUGCAUUGCUGCCAGUGGUAUAUACAGAUGGAAGGACCCAAUUGUAGGGAGACAAUUGUGGGAAAAUGGUCUGCCUGACUAUCUCCUUUCAGGUCACACAGUGGGGUGGAGCAAACAGCCUCUGUAAUGCAUGUUAUGCAAACUGUGGUAGCAAGAUAACAGCGUUUAACCUUCACUCAGACCUCCUAGCGCAGGGUCAUCGCUCCCUCACCUCAUGUCAUAGCAUAGCUAGCCCAGGUGGCAAGCUCUACCAGGCAGGGCUUGGGCCAAGAGUUCGGAGUCGCUCUGAAUAUCCCAGUCAUUAGUUGCUCAACUGAGAACAUCCCACAGGAGCCUCAUUUUCAGGGCCUGGGCAUAGAGCAUUUUCUGAGAAUGAGAUCCCUUUAAGUGGGCCCCUGGCACCAUCAGCCCUCCCCCCAAAGGACACAGCCUUCAUCUUCAUUUGUUUUUCUAAAUUGCCAUAUACACCAACAGUGCUGCUUUUGCAUCUCCUGUUGAUUUCGUUGAGCCUUACCAUCUUUCCAAGUCUAAUGUUCCAGCCAUUGUUUUUGCAAUGGAUUUAGUGUAUGUGUGUAUUAGA